CCGGUGUCGCCAUUUUGUCCGGCGGCUACUGAUCCCCGCGCUCAGGAGACCGAGCUGCCCAAGAGCAUGGGGGAUCACCAGGCGCAGCACUACCGCGGAGGCUACCCGCCCGGGCCACCCAGAGACUACCGCAGGGACGGGGACACUCGCUAUUACGGACACAACCCCCCAGAGCAUUACGGUCCUCCGGGUGGAUAUCGACCCUACCAUCAAGAGCCAAUCAAGCAGGAGCGGGAUCUGGGCUGCGACUGGAGACCCUUAGAUCCGGGACCCCACAUCCCAAGCACCGGUCUAAAAACAGAGUUUAAACAGGAAGAGCCCGAUCCUGGAUACAGAGCCCACCCUGCAGCAGGACCCCCGCAACCCCUGCAGAACCGAAAGAGAGGCUUUGAAGACCGGGGACGAGGAUUCUACGAUCACCGAGAUGACAGGAGAGCCCAGUCUCCUGGCGCGCUUGGGGGUGACGAUGAGGACGACGUCUUUGAUGACAACUUUGUUGUUCUUGAUAAUUAUAACAGCGAUCUGCACUUCAAGCUGGACAAAGAUCGCACCGUGGGCUUCCCGCUGACCAUGAAGGGCUUCGCUUACCUGUGGUCCGGGGCGAGAGCUACUCACGGAGUGUGCAGAGGCCGCGUGUGCUUUGAGAUGAAGGUUAUGGAAGAGAUUGCAGUUGGCCACCUGCCGUCCACGGAGCCGGACCCUCAUGUGGUUCGUAUCGGCUGGUCCUUGGAUUCCUGUGGCACCCAGUUAGGAGAGGAACCGUUUUCUUUUGGAUACGGAGGAACCGGGAAGAAAUCCACUAACAGCAAGUUUGAGAAUUACGGCGAUGCUUUUAGGGAACACGAUGUGAUUGGCUGUUAUAUUGAUUUUGAAGCCCGGGGGGAGAUAGAGAUGUCUUUCACAAAGAACGGGCGGCCGCUGGGUGUCGCUUUCAGAGUGCGCCGGGAGACCGUCGGUGGCCAUGCCCUCUUCCCUCACAUCCUCGUCAAGAACUGCGCCACAGAGUUCAAUUUUGGACAGAGACCGGAGCCGUUCUGCAGCAUCCUUCCCGGAUUCACAUUCAUACAGCACCUCCCUCCCUUCGAGAGGAUUCGGGGCUCUUUGCCCCCCAAGAACAAAGGAGAGUGUGAGAUUCUCAUGAUGGUAGGACUACCGGGAGCCGGCAAAACAACUUGGGCUGCGAAGCACGCGGCAGCCAAUCCUGCCAAGAAAUACAACAUUCUGGGUACCAACGCCAUCAUGGAGAAAAUGAGGGUAAUGGGUCUCAGGAGACAGCGUAAUUACGCCGGCCGCUGGGAUGUCCUCAUUCAGCAAGCGACCGAGUGUCUGAACCGCCUGAUCCAAAUCGCUUCUCACAGGAAACGCAACUACAUUUUGGAUCAGACCAACGUUUACGGCACGGCCCAGCGGAGAAAAAUGCGACCGUUUGAAGGCUUCCAGCGCAGGGCCGUGGUGAUCUGCCCUACGGAUGCGGAUCUGCAGGAUCGUAUCGUUAAACGGACGGACGAAGAGGGAAAGGAUGUCCCGGACUCGGCCGUGCUGGAGAUGAAAGCCAAUUUUACGCUCCCGGAGCCUGGAGACUUCCUUGACGAGGUGAUCUACGUCGAGCUGCAGAAGGAGGACGCCCAGCGGCUCGUUCGCCAGUACAACGAGGAGGGCAAGAAAGCCGGGCCGCCCCCGGAGAAGAGGUUCCGGGGCCGAGGAGGGGGCCCUCCUGGUGGAGGGGUUGAUAUGGGAAGAGGAGAUGGAGGAAAAGGCUAUCCGAGAUUUGAAAGCCAUGGCCCUCCGGUGGGUCGAGGAGGAGGAUUUCCGGGCAGAGGAGGAAGCCCAGGAGGCGGCUAUAGAGGUGAGUGCGGCGUCCGCUUCAAUCACGGAGGCCAAGCACCCCAAACCCGCUGGCCUGGCGGCCCACAGGAUAACGGCUCUGAAAGCCGGGGCGGUUAUGGUAAUAGCAGCCAGCCCCAAAGUUAUAAUCCAGCGAGCCACCCGGGAGGUGGAUAUGGCGGCAGCGGUCCAAUACCCCAGUCCUCCCAGAGUCGCGGUGCCCCCGGCGGCUUCAACCAUGGACAGAGUUACGGCCAAGGUGGGUUCAGCCAGAACAGCGGCGGAGGCUACAGUCAGAACUAUAACAAUCAGAGUUAUGGCGGCCAGAACUACCACCAACCGCCCAGCGCCUCAUCCGGCCCCGCGUCAUACAACCAGAGCAGCUACCACCCGCCGUACGAGCAGCCGUACGGAGGCCAGCAAUGGAGUCCGUAUCAGAGCCAAGGCCCCCCGCCGAAUCCCGGUCCGGGUCACGCGCAGGGACACGGCCAGUGGAAUUACGGAGGCGGCUACGACCAGCCCGACCGAUACGGAUCGUACCGAGGCGGCCGUUAGA